AUGGCUCAGCAGGAGACGCACGUUACAGUCCCAGUAUCCGAACACGUUCGGGAUAAUCCGGGGAGGGCGGGGGGAAACGCCGAGCACCCGGCAAGUGGAGCGGCGGCCACCUUCAACCCCGGAUUCAGUUUCCGGGCACAGAAAUGGUGCCCGGAGGCCGCUACUUUCGCAUCUGCGUUGCUUCUGCCUCCGCCGACACGGCCUCCUUCCCCUCCCCCACGGGCGGGGCGACGACCGGGAACUAGGGCCGCCGGCGAGCGGAGGAACCAGGCGGGUGGGCUUCCUACCCUGAAACCGCCUCUGCAGGAGCCCACUGCCCCGCUUCGCGGCUUGGCGCCCGUUGGCGCGCUCUGGGAGCUGGCGGCGGACAGGGUACCCCCGGGCUGCUUCAUCCUAGCAAUCCCCAGCCCCACCUGUGCCCUCCUCUGCACCACGCGCGCAGGUCAUCCUCCUCCCCACGCAGCCUUCCGCUCACCUUGCAGGAAAGGCUCGGCUCUGCACGCACGCACGCACUCUUGCUGGCGUAGGCAGCCGGCGAGAACAAUGUUUCCGCCGCACCAACCCCGACACCAAGCGCACACACCGGACGGUUGCCGCGAGCCGCGGAGCGGAGGGAAAUGUCCCCUGCCGACCACCACACCGACCGCCCCUCUCGGCCCCCGUACACACCUCCAACCAACAGCGGCGGCGGGCACGUCGCGCGGAGGUCAGUAGUGUCGCGGGAUCGGCCGCAGCAGAUUCUCCUCCCUCGAAGCAACCCGAGGCUUCGGAAUCCGGAGAGCCGCGAGCUCGGGGCCCCUCACAGCCACCUCUUCCCGAGAGCCUAGAGCUGCAACGAGCUCCAAGAACACGGACGUCCCGCCCCCUUUGCCGCCGCCCCCUCUUAUUGUUUUACCCCUGCGGAAAGGGCUAGGGAACCCCCCAGCACAGCGCCAGCCAAUCAGGCAUCAGUUUGGAGAGCUAGACCCAACCUUCUCGCGUCCCACUGCGGAGCACGCGCAGAACGGCGCCGCGCUCGCUCGCUCGCUCGCUCGGGCGUCCGGAAAGCCAGGGAACCGGAACCGGCCUAAAGUCGGGGCGAGAGCCCGCUGAUUUGACGUCACAAGGAAGCUGCCUUUCUCUUGCAGUGAUGCUGAAGCCUCCCUGUCCUCUCAGGUGGCGCGAACAAAAAAGAUGGCUCGCCGCUAACCAGUGGCUUUUACAAACGGUUAUUCCUGGAGCCUUUAUUCGUGAUAAGAGGGAGCAAAUUUAGUAAUGGUCCUGGUUGCUGCGUUAUCGGAGCAUUAAAAUGCAGUUUUGAACUCUG